GUGUGACACAAGGACUUUAUCUGGACCAGAAGUGACAGAAUUCCAGUGAAAAUUUCACCCAGAGGAUCCACACCAGACAGCUGCUGCAGAUCAGUCACUGAGAUUCCAAGGAACCCACAAAAAGGUCUGUCUGAAAUCCCUCAUGAUGAGUACUUCAACCAUGUCAAUCUUCCUUCCAACUGCAAGCAGUCAGGUUCUUGGGACUAAUCAGAGUGUGGCUGUGGGAAAGACAGAGCCAUCCUAUGCUGUCCUCAAGUUCAUGGAGAGCUUCUGCCUCAUCAGUGCUGCCUGUGGCAUGGUGGGUAAUGGCAUGGUGCUAUGGUAUCUUGGCUUCCGCAUCAGGAGAAACCACUUCACAGUCUACAUCCUGAACCUGGCUGCUGCCGACUUUGGGUACCUCCUCUGCAUUGCCAUAGAGACGGUUCAGUACCUGAUGCAGUUCAACGUGGGGGUGCAGUUUGGGAUAUUCCUCUUCCUGGAUCUUUUCAUGUAUGGGACUGGCUUGUACCUCCUGACCGCCAUCAGUAUUGAGAGGUCCCUCUCUGUGCUUUGUCCCAUCUGGUGCAGAAGUCACCGCCCAAAGCACUUGUCUGCCAUCAUCUCUGGCCUGCUCUGGGGUAUCUCCCUGCUGCUGAACACUCUUGGGUAUGUUUUGUGUUCCGUGCACCGCUCUGCUGGGACCUGCCAGAUCCUGCUCAUCACCAUUGGAGCCUUGGACUUCAUAUUCUGCACACCCCUCAUGCUGCUCUUCAGCCUUAUCCUCUUCCUUAGAGUCAAGUGCAGCUCCCAACACUUCCGAACGGGCAGGCUUUUCACCGUCAUCAUGCUCACCGUUCUCUUCUUCCUCAUUUUUGCUGUGCCUUUGAGUAUCCUGAUCCUCUUUGACUUCUUGGGCUACAAAUUUCUCUACUCCCCAGAGAUCGGUUUCGUGCUGUCCUGUGUGAACAGCACCCUCAACCCUGUCAUUUACUUCCUGGUGGGAAGCUACAGGGAUCGGAGAAUCAAGUUUACCCUCAGGCUGGCAUUCCAGAGGGCCUUUGAAGAUUCAGCAGAUGACAAAGAUGAGCGGGAAACCCAUGACACAAUCACUAUGUCUUCCUAAACCCAUCCUGUGCAUAACAGCAGCACUGGUCUGGAGCUGAG